AUGCAACUCACUACCAUAUUCCUCGCCAGUGCCCUCGCCCUGAGCUGCAGUGCUAUACCACAGCAGCAGCCUAGGACUACUGAGUACUGUGACUAUGGCUGGUCAAGCUUCAACACUGGCUGCCAAGGCAAGGAGGGAAAGUACUUGUACUGUUGCUCUUCGAACGGAAUUGCGCAACCGGAUCAAUUUGUCGUUCCUCGUGGCCGUUGUGUAACCCCGAGUGGAACAGGCGGCGACUGUGGCUUCCCUCUUGAAGGUGGUGUAAGUAUCCUUUCCUGUCAAGUCAGUGCGGUUAAUCGAAUCGGCACCAUACUAGAAUCGUGGGUGCGGUGGGAUCUGGCGGUAUUAGGGGAUGCUUAUGAUAGUGACGAUGUCAACGAAUGA